GUGAGCGUGAGGGAGGGAGGGUGUGCGUCGCUCCUCCGCUCCCGCUGUGGCGCGCCUCUCGUACUCCAUAUUUAUUCGUGCUAAGGAAAGUUUCUAAGUGUCAAUAAUAGCCAUGUAAUGUAAAAAUGGCGGUGUCUGAGGAGUUUGUGAACCAACUCCGACAAGUGUUUGAGGUGUGUGAUGUGGAGAACCGAGGAACUAUAAGUAUCACUCAUCUUCUUCAGUUAGCUGGAGAACACUUCGGAUCAUCACAGAAUAGUGUGACCUCCGCCGUGGUGACCCUGGGGGUCAACGGUGACACCAUCACCUUCCCACAGUUCUGUGAGGUCGUCGCUACCAUCCUCACCUCCCAUGGCGGUGGUAGUGAGGAGGAGGAGGACUGCAGCAGUGCUCCUGCUGGGGAUGUGGUCGACACCGUGGCUUGCUCUACGCCAGUACACAAGGUGUUGGUUCAUCAGGAGCGUGGUGUGGGUCGUCGAAGAAAGUACGGCUACGUGAUAGCCUCGUGUGCUAGUCCAAUAACCUUGGGUGUGGAAAGAAUGCCAGGUGACGAGCGCGGGUCCCCUUCAUCCCUUACUGACUUCGACUCCGCACUAGGAGGUAGUACUGCCUCCCCUGACUCCACCAGGAAGACUCACAGUGGCUGCUCAAGUAUGAGUGAUCGGGAAGAAGAAAACUUUGAGUGUUAUGGUGAAGCUGAUGAUAUUGAGUGUGACUCUGACUCAGCCAGGAUGGGUGAUGACUUGGACGGCAGCAUCAGAAGCCCCCCACAUUCUCUACCCCCUAGUAAUUUUAGCCGCAGAAAUUCUUGGGUCAGAAGGUCUUUACGUGGCUCUCCAUCCAGCGCACAGGAGAAAAUCGUACAAAUGUUGCAGCAACAAGUAGGAGUUCUAGCAGAGAACCAGGUGAACUCUGAUGACAGGUUCUCCAGAGUUAAACAGGACAACGCAGCAUAUCAGGAGAGAGUUGUAAUGUUGGAAGAACAACUCCGCGAAACAGAGCUGCGGCAUGAAGAGAGACAUGCAGAGGAGCAGCGCAGGAACAGAGAACUCAUAACCCGAAUUGAACGAGAAAAACAACUCACAAUUGAGAAUUAUACUAUUAAGUUAUCUAGCUUAGAAAAAGAGAAAAAUUCAAUAGAUGAUGAUUGCAAGCGGUCUAAGGCACUGGUAGAUAAGCUGCAGAAAGAGAAGGCAUCUUUAGAGGAUCGGGUUUCUGAGGCAGAAUUUUCAGCUUCAGCUCUGCAUCAGGAGAAUGCAAAAUUGGCAGAAUUAUCUAGGAGAGAAAAAGAAGAAAUUAAGGUGGAGAGAGAGAGAAGUGCACAGGUGAUAGAAGAGUUACGUUGUGAAAUAGAGCGACUUCGAACUGCAGAAGAGACUGCCAGAAAGCGAUCUCCAAGUGUGGAUCCACAAACAGCACAGUCUGCAGAGCUACAGGCCACCAUUAAGCAACUUAGAGAUGAGAAUAAAAAUCUGGUAGAGCAAGUUGAGGAUCUUCAAGCCCAGUUGUUGACAUCACGACUGGAAGAGGGACGCACACUAGUAACUGCCACAAAUAACAACUCCUUGGCUGCAGAGUUUGAAGCUAUGACAAAUGAGGAGGGUGCACUCUAUGGCAGUGACACAGUCGAAAAGCUCAAGAAAUCUUUAAAGGAUGCUCAAGAAGCAAACCAUCAUCUAAGGGCUUAUAUAGAUGGCAUUCUUCUCAACAUUGUGGAAAAUUAUCCACAGCUGCUAGAGGUUAAACAAAAGAAAUACUGAACCAAAGAAUUUAUAUUUUAUAAUUCUGUUUUACAUUAAUAUUUUGAAUAAUGCCUAAACCCAACCAUGAAGUGUAAAUGUCUAAUCUACUUAUGUCUUGCUAUCAGUCUUUUACUAAUUAGUAGUCAUUGUUAUGUUUUUGGUAAAUUAUCAUUUGUUGCUGUUAAAUUUACUAAAAUAGUUUGUGAAGCAGGCAAGUUUUCAAAGAUAUGAUUAUUGGUGAAAAAUGUUUUGUAAAAUCAUUAUGGUUCUAAAUUUUUACUAUUCCUUCAUGUUGUAAGGACUUAUUCAGUGUUUUAUUUUUAUAUAUUAAAUUUUAAAAUCACAGCAGAGGAAGGUCAAACAGUUUUGUUUUUAAUACACAUGGGUCAUAAGGUGUAAUGGUGACACCAUUUUCAGUAUAAUUCUGUGUAAAAUGCUUCUGUAAUUUUUUUUUUUUCAUGUCAGGUGUGUUGAGGUUUGAGGAUGAUAAUAUUUUGAAUGUGCAGUUCAGAAAAUUAUAUACAGUAUUUCAGAAAAGAUACCUGUGUCGCUGGUUAUUUUUUACUUGGGCAUGGAACUCUGUAUAUUGUGGUACAUAACUUCAAGUUAAUGUUUAUCACUCAACAUAGCUCAUUGUAUGUGUACAUGUGUAUGUGUGUGCAUGUAUGUAUAUGUAUACAUGUGUAUGUAUAUAUAUGUACAUGUAUGUAUAAAUGUAUACAUGUGUAUAUAAAAUGUGUACACGUAUUUAUACGUAUUAUACACUUGUAUGUGUAUAUGUAUUUUUGUAUACAUGUUUGUGUACACGUGUAUAUGUGUGUGUGUGUAUAUAUAUAAAUUUUUUUGUAAUUAUUUAGAAAAUAAUGAAGCUAGCAAAUUGCAAAAUAUUUUCAAAGUGUACUUAAGUUGCAGGUCUGGUUUCAGUAUAUGGAGCAGACUUUUGUUAGCUCUGUAAAGAAAAGAAAGAAAAUUAGAUUAAUUUUGUUGUCAUGUACUCAGUGAUUCAGAUACUUGUAUGCUGUCAAUAUAAUCUGGUAAGUGUUUAGACAAUCUUUAAAUAUCACUUGUAAAUGUAUAUCUUGUAAGUAAUAGUGAAAGUUGUACAGUACAUUUAUUUGGCUGGUAAAGAAAAUGAUGUUAAUAAGGCUCCAUUCUGUUGGAGACUCUUUGGACCACAUUUAUUAUUAUUGUUGUAAGGCACUUGCCCAUUUAACAACACUGUAACAUUACACAUUUCAAAUAUCUGCUUACUGGCAUAAUUAAUUUCACAAAAAAGUUAUUAAUGCAGUUAAAAUGCACUCAUAAUUUGAUACUUCUGAUAAUUAAAAUUAUAUUGCUUUGCUGUGAUAAAUAGCAUUAAUUCCAGUAUCUUUGAGGGCAUGUUUAAUGUUUUAUGUACAGUUCAGUAUAACUGACAUUAAAUUUUUCCCCUCUAAUCUUCAGAUAUGAUAUAGAAGGAACCCUCAUUCACCAGUUGACUGUAAAAUAUAUACAAAUUCAUAUAGACUGUAUUGUAUUCAGAUGUUACUCAUUUUCUUGGCAAAUUGAAGGCAUAAUUGUUAUUGAAUAAUUCAUAUUUUAACUGAUGGCAUUUUAUUUUUAAAUCGUAAAUAAUUAAUCUCUAAGUUUUGUUGGUCCUUCAAGUCGUCAACUUGGAUGUGUUAUGAUCUGUGAUAACUACCACUGGCACAAACCAUUUAAUUAAACAGCUGUGCAUGAAAAUUUUUUACCCCUGAUUCUUGAGUCUUGUAUAUCAAAUCUUUAUAUUAGUAGUACAGUAGUCAGAAUCUAAUCUUGUUGAACAUGGUUAACUACUCAUUAUAUUUGAAAUUCAUAAUGUAAGAUUAGUUCAGUCAUGAUGUAAUCCAAUGCUCCUCUUUCUGUACAGUUUUGUAGAUUUGUCACAUUAGUCACAUUUUGUGUGGAACCGUCCAUUCUUAUUUCAUAUUUAUUGUUUUAGAGUUUAUACAUUAUCUUGGAGAUGGAGGUAGGCCUAUAUGGAAGUUUUGUGAAGAUGUUCCUGAUUCAUUGUCUUGUACAUAGUGUAAAUAGCUAAUGUGAUAAGUCAUUAUGUAUGCCCCCCAAAAAAAGAUUGUACUGUAAAUAAGUAAUGUGGAGACUCCUUAUGUAUUCCCCUAAGAAAAGAUUGUACUUGUGAUAUAUGUAAUGAUCAUUUAUGUCAUUUCAAGUUUGUAUGAAAAGAAUGAUUGACCAAUACAUUUAUUUUGUUGAUUAAAA